AUGGCUGGCAUCACAGCACUGGCUCAUCCAGGCCCCCACAAGCCCAUUUCUCACGCGCAACUCGCACGCCGUGACCAAAUGGCCAAGCGUUGUGGGAAUCAUGUCGCAAGCUUUAACGAACGGCGAAUGGCGAAACGAGGAAUGGCCAAGCGCUGGGAGGGUCACAAUUCAACAUUUGAGAUCACUGCAGAGGCGCCGUAUUACGACAAGAUCCAGAAUGAUACCUGCGUGCUGACCCCUGAAGUCACAGAGGGACCCUACGUCUGGCCGCAAUCGCAGACUCUCCGACAGGACAUGACUGAGAACCAACCGGGGGUUCCGCUAUGGCUGGAUGUUGGUGUUCUGGACAUGGCAACGUGUGAACCGCUUCCAAAUGUGCUGCUUGACUUCUGGCACUGCAACGCCACUGGCUCAUAUUCCUCAUUCACUGGCCUCUCGCCAAACACGCCGUUUGCUCAGCUACUGGAGGAGAUGAAUGUCACGGACAUGGCCACCGCUGAUCUCCAUACAGACAGCACCACCUGGCUGAGAGGCAUGUGGCCAACUAAUGAGAAUGGAAUGAUGGAGAUGAAAACUAUCGUCCCUGGCUUCUAUGUCGAACGCGCAAUCCACAUCCAUGUGCAAGCCCACACGGACUGGUCUCUACGGGCGAACGGUACUUUGACCGCGGGCAACACCGUCAGCACUGGCCAGCUAUACCUUGAUGAGGAAAUAUCAAAAGAGAUCAUGAGCCUCGAGCCCUACGCAUCUCACACCGAGAUUGAGAGGACCACGAAUGAUGUUGAUUCCGUCUUUGAGGGCGACACCAAGGGGGGCUAUAAUCCCGUCCUCUCAGUUAUCCCUGCGGAUGGAAAGGAUGUCAGAAAUGGCUUGAUUGGGUAUAUAACUAUCGGCAUCGACACGACUGCAGUUGAAAACUGACCGAUGAUAUUAUACUGGGGAGAAACAACAACUGAAAAGGGGAAUGAGGC